UAUUUAUGAGAUAGGAGAGGCAAAAAAAAUAAAAUUAAACACAAGCAUCUAAGAUUCUUUGAAAAUCAUUGCUUGACAUGAUUUUUGACAUAGGGCAAGAUCAGCACUCAGCAAUACUCAUAAAACUCCCCUGUUUUCUGAAAAAAAACUGAGUAAUCGGAAGAAGAAGAAGAAGAGAUGGGGAGCAGGAACAGAGGAGAUGUAAAUUACAGAAAUCCAUGUCUGACAAUGCAUCAACCAUGGGCUUCUUUGCUUGUUUAUGGUAUCAAACGCAUAGAAGGAAGAUCUUGGCCUGCACCCAUUACAGGUCGACUUUGGAUUCAUGCUGCUAGUAAGAUCCCAGAACCAGAAACUAUCAAAGCAAUGGAGGACUUCUACAGGGAAAUCUAUGCUGUGAAUGGCAUAACUGAUCUCAAGUUUCCUGAGCAUUAUCCAGUUUCAAGACUUCUAGGUUGUGUUGAAGUAGUUGGAUGCGUCACAUGUGACGAGCUAGUCAACUGGGAUCAGAUUCCCGAAGGGGUAAGGCUAGAGGGACAAACAAAAUUUUGCUGGCUUUGUGAGCAACCACAGAAACUUAUCGUACCAUUUGAGAUGCGAGGGUUCCAAGGUGUUUAUAACUUGGAAAGAAAGAUAUAUGAAGCUGCAAUCCGAGGUAUUUCUCCAGUUGAGCCCCCGCUUCCAGUGAAAUUUCCCCUUCCAAAUCCGCGGGAUCCUUUUUCAUUGAAGCCAAGAUCCCUUGCUUCCUCCCCAAGUAGCUCCGGUACAUCUGAUGUAAACAACCGAUCUGAAAAUCUUGUUGCUGCAAUAGCUGGUGCUCGAGCGGCUGCCACACAGUUCUCUAAGAAUGGCAAUCCUCCAUCCAAUACAGUCGAGGUAGGAGAUGAUUCAAGGACUGGAAAUAGGUAUCGGAGGGUUCAAUGAUGCGCGAGUUGCUGGAAAAGCUUGGUCAAAUACCUUCAUUGUAAGUUAGUUUAUCAAUAAUUAUGUAGUUUUUGGAGGUAUAGUUAUUUAGUUGGGGCUUUGUUGUUAUGGUUCUAAGUUUCAUUUGAAAUUAUGAAAUGUAAACUGCUGGACAAAAUGCUCAUGUCAUUUAUUGUAUCAUAUUCUCUUCUGCUUUUGAUCUAAUUGGGAGUUAUGAGAAAGGAAAA